GCAAUGAGAGAGAAAUUUCCGCUGUGUGUUGAGUUAAACCCUAUAUAAGGUCCUCACUAGCACUUUUCAGUCUUGCAUCUUUUCGUGAGAAGCUAAUGGCUGAAAGGCUUCUGAAGCACAGAUUUCAAAACACUUUUCCUCGAUCUUCUCCUUCUGAUUUCCUCUGGGAAAAAAUGUAUGGGCUCUUCUUUGUCCUGGUGAUGUGCACAGUGGGUGCCUCUGCUUUCAGACUCCAGCAAGUCAAAAGCACAGAAAACUGCCCACAUCACACCGUGUAUUUCAAACACUAUUAUGAACUGCAUGAAGAACCUGUGGUUCUGAAAUGCCCUUCCCCCAGACACAAACAUUGGGAUUUUUCUGCCUUGACCCCUAAUAUCACAUGGUAUAAAAAUGGUUCAAAAACCAUGAUAUCAGGAAGAGAUGAAGAUCCAAGAAUAUGGGCAAAAGGAGACGCACUCUGGUUUUUACCAGCAAUGCUAGAAGACUCAGGAGUAUAUAUCUGCACCAGAAGGAACUUCUCCUACUGCACUGAGGUCUCCAUCCACCUUACUGUCAUGGAGAAAACAGCUGCUCAGGAGAUUGCCUAUCUCCAGGUCCUUUCCACUUUCACCUCUGGAAAGAUUGUUUGCCCUGACCUAUGGGAUUUUACACCAAACAGGACAAGCCUGGAGCUCAAAUGGUACAAGGAUUCUCUACCUUUGGAAGCUGACAGUGGAAAAUUCAUAAUUCUGAAAGGUUCGACUUCUCUGAUCAUGAAUUCUGUGCUGCCAGCAGACUCUGGCUAUUACACCUGCAAGAUGUCAUUUCCAUUUGAAGGUGUGAUGUAUGAGAUCACAAGAACAAUUCACCUCCAGACUGUUGAAAAAGAAAAGAUAAUUACUCCAAUAAUUGUGUAUCCAACACAAAAGACAACAUCAGCUGCUCUGGGCUCCAAGAUGAUUCUCCCAUGCAAAGUGUUUGUUGGACUGAGUGGCCACGUCCAUACUGAUGUGGAAUGGCUAGCGAAUGACACCACCAUUGACGUGAUUUACAAGCAAAGCAGGGUUACAGAGGGCGAGCGACAAGAAAUGGUAGAAAAUGGUGAAAACUUCAUCGAAGUGUCACUGAUUUUUGAUUCUGUCGAAGAAGUGGAUUUUUACACAGAUUUUACAUGUCUGGCCCAGAACAGAUGUGGAUACCAAGUACUGCCAACAAGGGUCAAGCAGGAAGCUGUUGGCUUGUCCUGGUACGUUGCAAUGAUUCCCAUCGCAUUGGCCUGCGUGAUUGUGGUGGGGAUAUGCAUACACAAGUGCUGGAAGCGAAGAGCUAAUAAGGGAUACACAACAGCAAAGGUUUAAAAUUUGCUUUAUGCUCCAGCCACCAACAGAGCAAGAAAUCAUCCUGGCUAUCCUUCACAUGGGACACAGAGAGACAUUUCAGACUGCUUUCUCAACAGAUGGGUAUAUAUCAGCUCGUUUCCUCUUCUCCGUCUUCUAUGAUCAGAUGAAGUUUUUAAGCUUUCAUUUAAUGCUGCCUAGACACAAAAUACCCAUAAUUUGCAUGGGACACAAAUUACCACAGAAUGUGCCCUGGAUAUUGGAAGGGUAGGGAAAGGGAGGUGCUCUCACCCUUUGUAAUUCCAGCAGUCUUAAUUUUUAAAAGGAUCUAAAAACAGAAGAUAAGAAAGCUUGCUGCAGAAGACCAAUUCCACACUAAAGUGAAAACACAGUUUUCUUGUGCAUCCAAACUUAUUUUAUUUUCCUUCAGUCUAAAAAGAGUAUUUUUUUCCUCUUUUCCAAAGCCAAAUACGGUUGUCAUGGCAACUGUAGAUCUAUGAACUUUUCCACAGAAAAUGUCAUAGUUUUUUUUUUUGUUUUUUUUUGUAGCAGUUGUAUUAUUCUCUGCUUAAAUGGACUAUCUCAGAAUAUCCCUCCCCAGAGAUAACUUCAUCAACAUAACAGAUAAUUGUACACUGAAGAAUUCAGUUCUGUUUAUCUACCAGUAUCUGAUAGCUAGGGAUUCAUAGGCAGCUGUGAUGUGUUGUUAUCUCUGCCAAGAAAAGAAUUUGGAGGGAUGUUUUAGUGUUUUGAGAGUUAUUUGAAUAGUCUAAAGUUUUAUUCCUGGAAGCAAUUGGACAGAUUGCCAGUAAUAACAUACUUGCCCUUCUGUGACUCUUAAGUUUUUCAUGGCAGGCCUGAUUCUCCACUCUGAUAUGAGUAUAAAAGUCUGGCAUGGAUUCCCAUAAACAAUGAGUCUGCACCAGUCUGAAGCUGGUGCAGCUUCAGGAACCUUCUGUGUUUUAACUGAAGCAUGCAAAUCACUUACUCAUGAUGUAAAAUGCUGCCUGUUAGGUUAAUCUAACUGGAUUCCACUCUUGACGUAGAUCAGAAGGGAGCAAUAAUCAGUGACCGUGCUGUACUUUGAGGAUCAGAAUAAGUAGAAUGACUUAGUUACUUCCUCUUCCAAGAGAAAAGACUUAUGAUAGCUGAGAAAUCAUAUAUAAUGUGUAUUUAUCUCCAUCUGUAUGGUAGGGGAAGAGAUUCAGCCAUAAGGUCUACUUACAGACCCUUAACUGACACCUCUCACAGAUACCAAAGAUAAAGUUUUUAUUAGGUAAAUCAGAGACUUUUCUAACUCUGUAGAUAUUAAAAAAAAAAAUAA